AUGGAUUAUACGUUUGAUUCCGUCACGUACCAGGCGGUACGUUCUUGGGGCCUUAGUGAAAUAACGGCAUGGCUCCAAAAGAACAAACUUGGGCAACACUCGUCCGCUUUUGUGCGUAACGACAUUUACGGCGGCGCACUUUUGCACUUGGAUCACGGUGUGUUGAAAGAAAUGGGAAUUACCAAUGUCGGUGAUCGUCUUCGAUUGAUAUCAGCGAUCCGACUUUUGCAUAAGCAGUGUGCUAUGAACGCGGCGCCUAAUAAUUCAUCAAUGUUGACUGCUGAAAGCUGCAUGAACUAUGCGAACGCUCCGUUGUCUUACGCACCACCGAUAAUAUCCUCGAACACGCCUUUGCAGAGAAGUGCGACUAUGUCGCAUCCCUCUACUCAUCCUGUGCGGACUGCCUCGCCAUUACCUUUGAAUGGCUCUUUGCCACCAUUGGGAGUUAUGCAAUCCGCACGAGUCAUGAGUAUGGUGAAUCCUCUCGCGCAUCCAAUGACACCAACACAACGGGCACAUACCAUGGAACCACCGCUAAGUGAUUUGGGGUCGCGGUCAACCACUCCAUCAUCAUCAUCAUCUACGAACUCGCGACGACCCAACACAGCAACAGGUGUAACCGAUGCUCAUGAUUGCCCGGCACCCUCAAUCUUAAAUGCUCCGCGGAGCCCUAGCUCAUCGCAUGUGCGCCGCCCUGCUAGCGCUCUUUCAACGACAAAUCCAACAAGUACGGGCUACACAGUUGGUCGCGGCGCCUUUGGCCCAAAGUCACGUCUUGGUCAAAUUAGUGCACCGUAUAAUCUGCGGCGCCCUGAAACAGAGUCGGAAGAACGUCCACCCGAGACGACAACUGAUCCGAUGACAGGUACACCGGUGAAAAGCCUUGAAACGAUUCGACGACACAUCGUGAAAUUCUUGGCCGAGGAUGGCUCUUCUCGCAGUGUGGAUGUAAGCCAAUGUGGACGAGCGUCAGACAUCUUAUCGAAGGUGCUUCAUAAAUUUGGUCUCCCGACGGAUCCUGAAUUUAUCAGAUAUAUGCGUCAUUGGGUGGUAGCCAUGACCGAUGCAGAUGCUCAGCUCAAAGUAUUGUCUGAGAUGGAACUUAUGACUGUUUGUUCACAGCCGCACAACUAUGCACCCGUCUGGCAGCAUGGACUGUACCUCUUACGUACAACAGAUAACGCGCCACUUCGUCCAGGAUCGCAGCGCGAGGUACCUAAUGAUUCAUUCCGAUAUGCGCUAGCUAAAACGAAGCGUGCAUCGACUUUCAGUAUUUUGAACGGGCUUGGCGGAAAUUCAAUUCAUGGCACGGAGGAUUUUAUUUCCCCUACACGCUCGACAGCAUAUAAUCGCGUCAAGGCCGCCACGCCUGACUUAACAAGCUCUCUUCCAGCAGUUCGGCGACGUGUGCAAAACUUCUUUGGACAACGUCCUCCCUCAGAACUUAUUAGCUCUCAUUUAUCUGAUUUCUUUCCAAGUACUAACAGCAAUGACUUGCACUCGUGUUCGGAUCCACCAGAUUCUCCUGGAUUCGAUAGUCGCAGGCCUUCGCCGCCUAUGCGAUUGCAUCCCGUGUCCAAGCUUUAUCAAGCUAAUAAAUCUGACGAAGACAUGAAAGACCUUGCUAAGGCCAUGGUUACAGUGGAUGAGAUCACACUCGACCUCGAGCGGCGCGAAUCGAUGCAUUCACCUUCGUUUGAUUCUACAUCACUCUCGACGGUCUUGGAGCAUCCAACGACGCAUGUGGAAUGCAAGGAAACAACUGAGAUCUUUACCCAGCCACGCAUGCGAUGGCACAAGGGCGCUUUGAUCGGCGCUGGCUCGUUCGGCAAAGUGUUCCUGGGUAUGAAUGCCAAAACAGGCAUGCUGAUGGCGGUUAAACAAGUGGAACUCCCACCCAGUGAUGACGAUUGCACGCGUCGCUGGCGAAUGAUGGUGGAUUCUCUUGAAUCUGAGAUUGAAUUGCUAAAGUCCAUUCAUCAUCCUAACAUUGUACAAUAUCUUGACUCACACUCUGACGGUAAAUUCCUCAACAUUUUUCUUGAAUAUGUACCAGGUGGUUCUGUGGUAUCUUUGCUGCGUAAUUAUGGUGCGUUUGAAGAACCUUUGGUCCAGAAUUUCGUGCGUCAAAUUUUGUUGGGUCUUCAAUUUCUUCAUGCUGGUGGCAUAUUGCAUCGAGACAUAAAGGGUGCAAACAUCCUUGUAGACAACAAGGGUGGCGUCAAAAUCAGUGAUUUCGGUAUCAGCAAAAAGGUGGAAAGUGGCUUGCUCGGCCCCAAGUCAGGCAAGUUCCCUGGGUUGCAAGGCAGUGUGUUUUGGAUGGCACCAGAAGUUGUGAAACAGAGUAUGUAUACGGACAAAGGUGACAUUUGGAGCCUGGGAUGCUGUGUUGUCGAGAUGUUUAGCGGUGUACACCCAUGGCCUCGGCUCGAUCAAAUGCAGGCACUGUUCCAGAUCGGGCAGAACAGAGCACCGCCUUUGCCCGAUGAUAUCUCACCCCUGGCUACCGAUUUUUUGAGAUGCGCGUUUAAUCUCGAUCACACUGUGCGUCCCAGUGCGGAAGCAUUGCUAGGACACGCCUUUCUCUUGCAGCCAGCUGAUACAUCGGAAAUCGAGGGCUCCGACUGA